UCCUCAAAUACCCCUCUCUCUAUCUCUCUCUGUUUCUCUCUCUGUUUCGAGUCUAUUCAAAAACCAUUUUUUCCCCUACACACGGACACACAAACUAUGUGUCAUCCAACUCUUGACGUCACCUGCAAAUGCAGCACUUCCUCCUCUGAUUGCCCAAUUCCAAUCAAGCCCCCCCAAGAGUCUCACCACCCCAACAUGCUCACCAACCCUUUGAUCAAAAAACCACAUAACAACACCACACCACCACCAAAACCAACACCAACACCAACACAACCUCAUCAAAAUAACAUCACAACACCAACACCAACAAAAAAAGCAACAAAACCCCAUUUCCCUGAUGCCAUCAAAGAAGUGUUUUCCAUAUUCAAAAUAGCUAUCCCAAUGAUCCUCACUGGCCUCCUCCUCUAUUGCCGCUCCAUGAUCUCCAUGCUCUUCCUUGGCCACCUUGGUGAGCUUGCCUUGGCUGGUGGCUCCUUAGCUGUUGGCUUUGCCAACAUCACUGGCUACUCAAUCCUCUCUGGCCUUGCUGUUGGCAUGGAGCCAAUUUGCGGCCAAGCCUUUGGUGCUAAAAAGUUCACCCUCCUUGGCCUAUGCUUGCAAAGAACCAUUCUCUUGCUCCUCUUCACUUCCCUCCCCAUAUCACUCCUUUGGCUCUACAUGAAGCAAAUUCUCCUCUUCUGUGGCCAGGAUGAGACCAUAGCCUCACAAGCCCAAUCAUAUCUUGUUUACUCCAUUCCUGACCUCAUAGCACAGUCCUUCCUACACCCUUUGAGAAUUUACCUCAGGACACAAUCCAUUACCCUUCCUCUCACACUUUGUGCCACUUUGUCAAUUCUACUUCACAUCCCUAUAAACUACUUCCUUGUUGCUCACCUCAAGCUUGGAGUCAAAGGGGUGGCUCUUGGUGGGGUCUGGACAAACUUCAACCUUGUGGCUUCUUUGAUUCUUUAUGUUGUCUUCUCUGGGACUCAUAAGAGGACAUGGGGAGGCUUCUCCUUUGAGUGCUUCACACAGUGGAGGUCUCUUCUCAACUUGGCCAUUCCAAGCUGUGUUUCAGUGUGCUUGGAGUGGUGGUGGUAUGAGAUCAUGAUUUUGUUGUGUGGGCUGUUGGUAAACCCCAAAGCAACUGUGGCUUCAAUGGGGAUUUUGAUCCAAACCACUUCUUUGCUUUACAUUUUCCCUUCUUCAUUGAGCUUCAGUGUGUCAACAAGAGUUGGCAACAAGCUUGGGGCACAGAAGCCCUCAAAGGCAAGGCUUUCUGCCAUUGUCGGGUUGUCUUGCAGCUUCAUGUCAGGUGUCUUGGCAUUGGUUUUUGCUCUCAUAGUUAGGAAUACAUGGGCUAGCAUGUUCACAAGGGACAAGGAGAUUAUAACUUUGACAUCUAUGGUGUUGCCUAUAAUAGGUCUUUGUGAGCUUGGGAACUGUCCUCAAACAACAGGGUGUGGGGUGCUGAGAGGCACAGCAAGGCCUAAAGUUGGUGCUAACAUCAACUUGGGAUGCUUCUACCUUGUGGGAAUGCCUGUGUCCAUUUGGUUGGCCUUUUUCACUGGCUAUGAUUUCCAAGGACUCUGGCUUGGCCUACUUGCAGCUCAAGGGUGUUGUGCAGUGACCAUGUUGGUGGUUCUGUGUAGAACUGAUUGGGAAUUUGAGGCUCAAAGAGCCAAGAAACUCACAGGAAUGGGAGCAGAUUCUAUUGUUGAUGAUCACAACCAUGAGGUUGAUCCAGAGAAGCCACUCAAACAUGAAAGCAAGGAAGAUUCUUUGGCAUUACUCGCUGAUUCAGAUGAAAAUAAGUAGUCCUUGGUUUAAUUAAUCAACCGCCAUAAAGAGAAAAACAAACACUGAAGAGAGGAGGAUAAAAUAUUUCACAAAUUUGUCUUUAACUGUAUAGGGCAGUAGGGUAGAGACAGAGGAUAACAUUUUUAUUUUAUGAUUUUUAGAUAUCACUUGAUGAAGUUCCUUGCUUUCAGUGUUAUUUUCCGAUUAAAAUUAGAGUUUCACUUCAGUAAUCCACUAAAUAAAAGGUUUACAUUUAAGAUUAGAACAAUGACCAGAGUGAAACUCCAAUUCUAAUUGAAAAAUAACACUGAAAAUGUGUAACGAACUGCGUCUAAGUUUUGUCCUUAAGAAAAUUCACCAGCAGCAUAUGCUUCUCCUCUAUGGACUUCUGCUAUUUCCAGUAAAAUUCAAUUACAUUUUGCAGGGCAUUGAAUGUCAUGGGAAGUAGGAAAAUGUGGUGUCCGGGAGGAGUAACCAUUAUUUCUGUAACGUACUUUUUUUGUUCAGCUUUACACAGAAGAAGAGAAGAGACCCUCAUUUCAUGAUUUAUGCCUCUUACUGACUUGUCUGUUCCUCUAUUUUCUACCUCAAUACAUUCACCUUUUGUCCUCA